CUACAGAAAAAACAAAACAUAACAAAACCGGUGUACAUCCAAACUACCCUGUGACGUCAUACAAAGAUCAACCACCACCACCACCACCAGAAAAGUCCCGUCAAAAGCACAGCGUCACAACACUUCUCGAGUCACCUCCCUUGUCGUUUGACCGUCGCGUUAUUCUGCCACACUUCCUCGAGGCUUAUUUGGAAAAAGACCGCCCCCACGCCCACACAUCUUGACGUCAUGAAAACCGCCGUGCUGCUCGUCUGCCUUGCUUACGUCAUGGCCGCCAUCUUGAGUCUGUGUGCCAGUGCCCCCUCGUGGAGACCCCAGGGCCGCUUCGGCAAGAGAACCAUCCCAGACAGACUGCCCCAGACAGAGGAAUCCUCCCUCCCAGAUUUCGGCUUCUCCCAUUUGCCUGCACUUCCGCUGGAGCUCUUCUACAACCCACGUGACUUGGUGCACUCUGGCUUCCGGCCCCGCCUCUGUUCCGUCUCCGGUGUUGAGGGUUACCCUCCUUGCGUCGAAUCUCACUCCGACCGGAAGAUGAAGAACCUCUUGGACGAUCUCUUCGGCUUGUGAUUCUAGAAAGAUUUAUACGCCACGUUUAACCCUUUGGUGGUUCGGUCUGGCAGCGGGAGUAUCGGCGAAUCCAGAGCAAUGGGCAAGAGAGAAAAACACCAGCAAUGGAGGGAGAAGGGAGGGAGGGGAGGGGAGGAGGAGGAGGAGGAGGAGAGGGGGAGGAGAGGGGGGGAUGUUUACGCUAAAAACAACAACCCAACAACAACAACAACAACAACAACAACAACAACAACAACAGAGAAACGGCGUCUAAAUAUACUCGUUCAAGUUUGACCAUCCGAUCAUAGUCACCCUAUCAAAACGAAGUCAUCUGGUUCAAUAAAGGUGUUACAAUUUGCUAAAGGAGAAGAUAAUGUUUUGCUUGUCUUACUUAAACUCAAAAGACGCAAACGUUUUCGUAAUCUGAUUGUUUCUGAUUGAUGUCAGUCGUCAGCCCUCCUGAAGUAUCUGAUGAGUAAAAAGGACAGAGUUUUUAGAAAAAAUA